AGGUCUGUCAGGCCAUGGACUUCCUGUCCUCCAGAAAGUGUGUCACAGAGAUCUGGCAGCGAGGAACGUCUUGAUCUGUGAAAAUAAGAUGGUGAAGAUUUGUGACUUCAAUCUGGCCAGAGACCUCUACAAGCACCAGGACUAUGUUCAAAGAGGAAAUACCUUCAUCCCUCUGAAGUGGAUGUCUCCAGAGAGCAUCUUCCAAAACAUCUACAGCUUCCAGAGUGAUGUCUGGUCCUACGGAGUCUUACUCUGGGAGAUCUUCUCUCUUGGUGGAUGUCCAUACCCUGACCUGCAAAAGACCCAGGAGAUCUGCUCUGCUCUGACAAGAGGACACAGAAUGACCCAGCCAGAACACGCCCCUCCUCAUAU